CCGGAGUGACUUCAGUGUCCUACCCUGUGGGUGUUUCCUUCAUAUUUUUUUAAAAUUCAUCAAGAGUCUACAAUAUGUUUUUGGUACCACCGCACCCACCGCACCCUCUGAAGCCAUUUUGGCCCGCCCAUCGUUUCCUUCACGAACUGAAGCCAGCCGGAGAGAUGCUCUCCAUUCGCAUGCAUCGCUUAAACGGAGAGCUGAUAGAGAUGCAUUUGACCACCGAGGAGGCCGAGGAUCUCCAUCGCUUCCACGACUUGAAGCGAUUCCUCGCCUUUGCCACUCCAAGUAAACCAUCAUCACCUUGUCUUGCGCGGCUGAUCGGUCCAGAUGGUUUGGAGAUCAAUGAUGACAGCAAAGUGUGCUGGGAGUUGUUGGAGCAAGGCUUGCUUCAGUAUGUGCUGAUGGACGUGAUGUCCGUGACUGGUCAAUUCGAUCCUUCUCACGUGGUGCUGGGCUUUCCUGAAGAUUCCGAGCAGUUGCUGCACCCAGACCUCGUGAUCACUGUGGCGCACAAGAUCUUCAAACGUGUUGGCCGCGAUCCUCUCGUUGGCCAGAAGUUUUACACUGCCUGGGCCACAAGGGUCUUGAACCUGCCAGACAAAGGAUGCAGUGUCGUAGAUUCUGAUGGCAGGACUCUCCUCUGGAAGAUGCUUAAUCUUCUGAGGAGUCUUCAUGAAGCAAUUCAUGACCCUUCCUUUGACCCAGAUGAGGAUGAAGAUCAGUGGUACAUUGGUGAGGAUUUUCUAGAAGUAGCACAGAAGGCUGUUGUCAGCACAACCAUCCAGCUGGUGAAGACAAAAGAGACCAUUUUUCAUUCCUUUCCAGCUCAGUCGAACGCGAUGCGAAUUCUGCUUUGGACCUUCAUACAGGACAAGCUCGCACUACCCCGAGGUUAUGGUCAGCUUGGUGGCUUGUUUGAAGGACGUGGAGCAGACCUGAUGCUUGCGCUGAUUGAAGAGGGUCUUCCGCGUUGGUAUUGGGCUGGUCACUUUGGCAGGUUUGACGACAACCUCCUCCAGUACAUCCUGGAAUCAGCCUUUUCUCCCAAUAACAUCAUAAACCUUUCAGAGUGCAGUAAUGAAGGUGGACUUUGCCUAGCCCUUGCUCGGAGACUCCGCUUGGAGGAAUUAUGCCACCAGAAUGUGGAUGGGAAGAAUGCGCUCUACUACGCCGAGAGAAUCGCGAUCAUCGCUGAUACAGCGCGAGCUUACCCAGUCUUCCGUGAGCUUGGGGUCUGGAUCCAACUUCGUGACAUGAUCAGGGUGCAGAUGGAAGCGCACGUCAUCGAGUUUCAAGGCAGUUUACUGGAGUUGGCUGCAUUGACUGGAUCGGUGCGGGCAGCUUUGGAGGGUAACUCACUUCCAGCCUUCGAUCAGCAGCUCUGGCAGCGAGCAGCUGUGCUUCGUCUGGAGUGGCUGAGGAGAGGUUGGCGAUUUGCUCGGUUCCACAUCGAUGGACAGAUCUCAGAAGUGAUCAGUUGGCACUUCCAUGCCGUCCGGCCAAGCCGGCAUCCGCGUGGACAGUGAGAGCCAGGGAUUGGAUUGGGGAAAUAGAUGAAAGUAUCA